AGUGAUCACAGUUGUGGACUGGUAGAGGGUUCAGUGAUUCUGACGAAAUGACUGUUGGGGUUAGAGGCUGUUGAGCGUUUUUUACUGACUGACAGUCAGGGUCAUUUGGGGAUUAGUAACAGGUAAAUGUCGGGAGACGGUGCCUGUGUGACUCAGGGAGUGAGGAUGUGUCAGUCAUUGAGCCAAUGGUAUAUCAGAAGAGGGGAGUUAAACACAAGGGCAGUGUGAAACCGCACAAGCGGCUUCAGGAUUGAGGAGACAGACAGAGAUCUGCAACAACAGUUAUCCAGUCACUGGCGAACACUCUCAGCCCAUCCUAUUUGAAUCAAAAUGAAGACCUUUCUCCUAUCUCUAGUACUGCUGUAUUAUUUGGUUCCAUGUUCACAGGGAGACUGUGUGGCUGAGUGCCUCACCUGUCACAAAUUCUUCUAUCAGCGCCAACACUUCAAUGCACUCGUCUGCAUUCUACAGUGCAAAGGGAAAGAUAUAUCCUCUGUCGUUUGGGAAGACUGCAGAAAAAUUACUUCAGCAUUAUCCAUGGGUGUGAGUAGAUCUCAAACCAGAAGCCUGUCUUUUGGUAAUACUGAAAGCAAUAGUCGAGUCAACUCGGCAAACACUUGGGGAUUUCUUCAAACCAUGAAGACCAUGUGGCCCAAUGACAGUGUGAAGCAUGUCUAUGAUGAUGGGGCUGAAACCACAUUUGAGAUGGACAACAGUCAUCGAGAUAUAGAGAAGAAACAUCAGAUCAGAGAAGUUGCAGAGGGCAACAGAAGCUUCCAGAAGAGAUAUGGAGGCUUCAUGGGAGUCAGAAAAUCGGUUAGGAACUGGAGCAAUUUGAACAGACAGACCAAUCAAAAGAGAUAUAGCAAAUUUCUGAGGCAAUAUCUAGGACUGACAACACAUUCUACUGAGUAGGACAGUUUACUAUAAAACUUGGUUGUAUAAAUUUGAGAUUGUGGGACUGAAUAGAGCUGAUGCUUAGUCUAGAUUAUAGAGGAGUCAGCCUUAACAUUAGCUGAUGUCAUGACUUUUCUGUGAUAGUGAAACAUCUAACUCAGAUACAUGCACAGGUAAGACUACUAAACAUAAUACUCUCUAAUGGCUCACUUAUUCAAUGAACAAAAUUAAUCUUUUGAUCUUGCGCAGUUUCACGAUGAUUUGAAGAAGUCUUGUCAUCUGUGAAAAGUGUCAAGUGAGAUAUUGGACUAGGUAGGUGGAUAAAAGUAUAUAAAGUGACUACCAAUGAUCACAUCUGCAUAAUCUAGAAAGAUUGCACCACACACACAAAAAAAAACAACCUUUUGGAUAUUCAAUGUAGCUACUCUGAAAAUACAGUGUGUUCAAUUGGACAGGAACUCUGUGAUAAUAAGAAACUGCACUGAUAAAGCUAUCCAAUUAAUCCCACUCCUCUGCCAGUUUUUCAAAGCCCUGUAGUUUUUUUUCCCCCCUUCAAGUAUUUAUCCAAUUCUUUUUUGGAAAUUAUUGUUGGAUCUGUUUCCACAUCCUUUUAGGCAGUUUAUUCCAGAGAAUUUCAAGUUGGUGUGGAAAAUAAAUGCUCCUCAUUGUCAAUGUGGAUGGGUUGCUCUUUGGAGGGUUGUGCAGACUCAAUGGGCCAAAUGUCUUCUUAUACACUGUAGGGAUUUUAUGAUAAGGCUGUGAACAUCAUAAUACAAAAAUGAUAGCAACACAUUGUAAGUGUAACUAAACAGGGCAAAGUUAUGCAAAGCCUUCUUACUUUGUAAAGUCCACUCAAGCCUUCAAUCAAUUCUACUUUUCAUUUCCAAUUGCUGUAGGUUUUUGGAUCAGGAGAUUUUUAAAAUGUAAUUUUAAAUUUUAAUGAUAGUAAUUGAACACUAUCACAAUGAACAUUAAGGACAAAAGUAUCACUAUUACAUUAUAUUGCAAAUUACCUGCUCUGUGGAUAAAUGUGAUUAUGUAGAGUUGAAUUUCUAACCUUUUUCUAAUUUUUCAGCAUAACUUUACAAAAGAUUGGCUGAAUUAUGAUUCGGUUUAAGGUAACUUCAUCAAUUGCCCCUAAUUUGCAGCAACAGAUUCAGUGAGUAAACUCUUGUUCCCCACCAGCACUCCCCAUGCAACCUACAACAUUAUCACACAAAACUUUCUUAGUAGAGAUUUUCGUUUGUUGCCUUUAAUGUCUUUCCGAUCAAUCAAGGCUUCAUUACUUUUACCGACACAAUAAAUCACAAGAACAGCAGUCGGAUUUAAUGAUGACCCAUUACCUGCCUCAAGGCUCAUGAAAAUGACAGUAUCUGCAACUAACUCCUCUUUGUCAGUAACAAGUUGUUUUUGAGGUUGUUUUAUCAAUAUAUUUUAAAAUACAUAUGCGGAGAAGCCGAGGCACCCAGCAGGUUUGUAGGUUUUGUUGUCUUCAUCCCACUCAUUACUUUGCAAAGCCCUAUGGCUCUUCCCCUUUCUUAACAAAUCUAAUUUAAAUAAAAUGAAGAACUGCAGAUUUGAAACAUAGAAAUGGUUGGAGAAACUUUGCAGGUCUGCGGAAGAAUUUUGUUGAAGAGUCACUGGUCUUAAAAUGUUAACUCUGCUUUCUUCCCACAGAUGUUACCAGAUCUGCUAUGCUUCUCCAGCAAUUUCUGUGUUUGUUCUUAAUUUAAAUAACAAUGGUGUUAUACAAUUAUUGUCUGUGAUUUGCCCCCUUUACAACUUUACUGAGGUCAUAAGGACUAUGAGAAAGUAUAAGAAAUGAGAAGCUUGAUCUUUCAACAGACCAUAUACAUUUUCCAUAUUAUGUACUUGAUUUAAUAACAAUAACAAUGAUUUAUAUCUACAUUGUAAUUUAACAAAGGAAAAUGUUUCCACUGCUUCACAGAGGCGCACAUUUUAAAGAACAAACCUCUGAACCUCCCUAUAAAGCUAUUCAGUACAUGUAAAUCCUCUAAUGAGAUAAAACAUGAGAUUUCUCCCUGAUCCACAAUGGUGAUCAAAUUAUACUCCAUAACAUUAGCUUAACUGAACAGCUCUGAUUAGUGACAUUUCACAGGUGAUCCUUCGAUGAUAAUAGAACUAGUAGUGGCAAUAGUCUGGUGCUAGAAAAGACUGAAACGAUCAGGUGUUAGUUACAAUUUGUCGGAAAUUGAAGUCUUUGUUCCAAAAUUAGUAUGCUGUAAUUGCUGUCAUUUGUCUAGUAUUGUAAAUCUGAGCCAUCUGCUCUCUUGAAACCUAUAGUCGGUCUAUCUGAUAAAGACAUACUUUCUGCACUUUUAACAUCUUUAAUUUAAUUUAAUUGCCUUCUAAAUAUACCUAAAACAAGACUAGUUCAUUUUCUUGUUCUUGAAAUAUUUCAGAUGAGCCCCCUACCACCCCACACACACACACACACAUUACAUAGUUCAGGCUGACUUCUCUUUUAAUUGAUAUUUGUUGUAUUUAGUUUAGCUUCUGCAUGUGCUGUAACCAGUGCUAUAAUUUAGAAAUCUGCUUUUUCUCCUUUCAGCUCUAUAGCCAGCUUGCAGGAACCUGUAUUUUCAGAUUUGAUUAAAAUUGUUUCUUUUUGCUUAAGC